AUGUCGUCUCAACGAGAAGCCUACACUCUCCCCACGCAGUCCAGCGGCUUCAACCAGUUUGCUUCCGGCUAUGCGGCAGGCGACGCAUCUGGUGGCCCAACCGUUCAAUAUGUCUGUGGUGAAUGCGCCGCAAAAGUCAGUCUAGGAAGAGGAGAUGCCAUCAGAUGCAGCAUGUGCGGGCACCGAGUGCUUUACAAGGAGAGAACCAAGCGCAUGGUCCAGUUCGAAGCCCGAUGA